AAGGACACUGGACUAGAACGUGGUGGGAUUCCUAGGUCGGUUUCGGGGCCAUCCCCGCCUCCUAUCCUUCGCCCUAGGUCACCUGGAGGUGGCUGGAAGGCCAGUGGACUCCACAUUUAGGGAGAGUGGUUACAAGAGGACUCGGAUUCCCCCACCUUCCCUUCGGCUUUGGGAAUCCCAGGAAACCCGCCCUGAACCCCUGAAAAGUCCCAGAGAAGAAAGGGGGCUCUGAGGCAGAAGGUGGUCCACGAAGUCAAGAGCCACAAGUUCACCGCUCGCUUCUUCAAGCAGCCCACCUUCUGCAGCCACUGCACCGACUUCAUCUGGGGUAUCGGAAAGCAGGGCCUGCAAUGUCAAGUCUGCAGCUUUGUGGUUCAUCGACGAUGCCACGAAUUUGUGACCUUCGAGUGUCCAGGCGCUGGGAAGGGCCCCCAGACGGACGACCCCCGGAACAAACACAAGUUCCGCCUGCAUAGCUACAGCAGCCCCACCUUCUGCGACCACUGUGGCUCCCUCCUCUACGGGCUUGUGCACCAGGGCAUGAAAUGCUCCUGCUGCGAGAUGAACGUGCACCGGCGCUGUGUGCGUAGCGUGCCCUCCCUGUGCGGUGUGGACCACACUGAGCGCCGCGGGCGCCUGCAGCUGGAGAUCCGGGCUCCCACAGCAGAUGAGAUCCACGUAACUGUUGGCGAGGCCCGUAACCUAAUUCCUAUGGACCCCAAUGGUCUCUCUGAUCCCUAUGUGAAACUGAAGCUCAUCCCAGACCCUCGGAACCUGACGAAACAGAAGACCCGAACGGUGAAAGCCACGCUAAACCCUGUGUGGAAUGAGACCUUUGUGUUCAACCUGAAGCCAGGGGAUGUGGAGCGCCGGCUCAGCGUGGAGGUGUGGGACUGGGACCGGACCUCCCGCAACGACUUCAUGGGGGCCAUGUCCUUUGGCGUCUCGGAGCUGCUCAAGGCGCCCGUGGAUGGCUGGUACAAGUUACUGAACCAGGAGGAGGGCGAGUAUUACAAUGUGCCGGUGGCCGAUGCUGACAACUGCAGCCUCCUCCAGAAGUUUGAGGCUUGUAACUACCCCCUGGAAUUGUAUGAGCGGGUGCGGAUGGGCCCCUCUUCCUCUCCCAUCCCCUCCCCUUCCCCUAGUCCCACCGACCCCAAGCGCUGCUUCUUCGGGGCGAGCCCAGGACGCCUGCACAUCUCCGACUUCAGCUUCCUCAUGGUUCUAGGAAAAGGCAGUUUUGGGAAGGUGAUGCUGGCCGAGCGCAGGGGCUCUGAUGAGCUCUACGCCAUCAAGAUCUUGAAAAAGGACGUGAUCGUCCAGGACGACGAUGUGGACUGCACGCUGGUGGAGAAACGUGUGCUGGCGCUGGGGGGCCGGGGUCCUGGCGGCCGGCCCCACUUCCUCACCCAGCUCCACUCCACCUUCCAGACCCCGGACCGCCUGUAUUUCGUGAUGGAGUACGUCACCGGGGGAGACUUGAUGUACCACAUUCAACAGCUGGGCAAGUUUAAGGAGCCCCAUGCAGCGUUCUACGCGGCAGAAAUCGCUAUCGGCCUCUUCUUCCUUCACAAUCAGGGCAUCAUCUACAGGGACCUGAAGCUGGACAAUGUGAUGCUGGAUGCUGAGGGACACAUCAAGAUCACUGACUUCGGCAUGUGUAAGGAGAAUGUCUUCCCCGGGACGACAACCCGCACCUUCUGCGGGACCCCGGACUACAUAGCCCCGGAGAUCAUUGCCUACCAGCCCUAUGGGAAGUCUGUCGAUUGGUGGUCCUUUGGAGUUCUGCUGUAUGAGAUGUUGGCAGGACAGCCUCCCUUCGAUGGGGAGGACGAGGAGGAGCUGUUUCAGGCCAUCAUGGAACAAACUGUCACCUACCCCAAGUCGCUUUCCCGGGAAGCCGUGGCCAUCUGCAAGGGGUUCCUGACCAAGCACCCAGGGAAGCGCCUGGGCUCAGGGCCUGAUGGGGAACCUACCAUCCGUGCACAUGGCUUUUUCCGCUGGAUUGACUGGGAGCGGCUGGAACGAUUGGAGAUCCCGCCUCCUUUCAGACCCCGCCCGUGUGGCCGCAGCGGCGAGAACUUUGACAAGUUCUUCACGCGGGCGGCGCCAGCGCUGACCCCUCCAGACCGCCUAGUCCUGGCCAGCAUCGACCAGGCCGAUUUCCAGGGCUUCACCUACGUGAACCCCGACUUCGUGCACCCGGAUGCCCGCAGCCCCACCAGCCCAGUGCCUGUGCCCGUCAUAUCCUGCACCCCAGCAUUCCAGCUCUGCCCCCGCGGGUUCUAGACGCCCCUCCCAAGCGUUCCUGGCCUUCUGAACUCCAUACAGCCUCUACAGCCGUCCCGCGUUCAAGACUUGAGCGGAGCCCGAUAUUCUCCCUGAACUUAGCGUUCUGGACUCUGCCCCAAUCGGGUCCAGAGACCACACCACUAACCAUCCCCAACUCCAUGGGGUUCGAGACUCCAUCUUGGUAGUUCUAUGCCUCCCCCCAGACCCCUGGGGAAAUAGCCUCACGGGGUUGGCUGUUCCAGACUCAGGUUCCAGAACAGCCCUCGGCCUCCGAGGCCCCCCGCCUCCACUCUAGUUCUAGAUGAGUGGGAGGCGUGCCCCCCUCCUCCAGUACGUCCCGCUGCUGUGCUCUGGGGAUUUCUGGGAUAUAUGGAGGAUUCUUUCCCCAGAGGCUCCCAAUCAGCUUUUGUUCUAGACUUACCCAUCCCGAAGCCAUCACUUCUCCCCGCAGCCCGCCUGCCGUGCAUGGCUCCUGUCUGGCUCGGACCCACCCCAACCCUCCCCAGUGCCUGCCACUCUCUGGGACUCUCCUCCUCCCCUCCUCUUCCCUUAGCCUCUCCCACCCGGCCACAGCUGCUGGAGAAUAAAUUUGGGAUGCUGAUGCUGAA